AAAUUUACCAUUUAUUCAUCAUACCCUAAUGUUGUAAAUAAAAGGCAGAAUUGGCUAUAUUAAUUAAUUAUACAUAUGAUAGACAAAAACAAAAUUUUUCUUAAAAUAACUUAAUUGUAGUUGCUAUUCAAAUUAUGUGUUCGAUAUUGUAAUUCGUAAUUGACGUUAGUUCAUUGAAUAUUUUUGUUAACAGUUUAUCGUACUGUAUCCUCCAUCGAAAACAGUUUAAAAAAUUGGAAUCAAUAAUUGUAAUAUUCGUUUUGUGAUCAUUAGAUACAUUGAAAAACACAUUCAACUAACGCAUAAAAUGGAGUAUCAGAAUCGACUGUGUAUGAAAAAAUACUUAAUUUACAUAGAUUUAAUGCUUUUUAAUAUAAAUUAAAUGAACAUCGGCAUCAGCGUAUUUCUCAUAUAAAAAAAUUUUUUGUAAACAUGUGAUAUUUUCUCUUGACAUUCUUUUAAGCUGUAUAUAUAAAUAAUGAUGUUCUGGAUUGUUUCUCUAAUAGCAAUCAUUUUGCAUUUCAGUUCUGCACAGACUAAACCUGAAUCACAAGGUUAUUGUGCACCAUACAAUGGGAAGAUUUGUAAGAAAUAUUUAACUGGAAUUGGAAAAGUAUGGUUUAAUGAUUCCAAUGAUAAUCCUGGAGGAUGGUUAAAUGAACGUAUUACAACUAAUUUAUGGGAAGAAUUGAUACAACGAUUAGUUGAACCAUGCCGUUCAGCUGCAGAAAAAAUGUUAUGUAUGUAUGCUUUUCCACAAUGUCACAACUCAGUUGGUCUACCAUUAUGUUAUGAAGAUUGUAUGGCAGUACGUCAUCAAUUUUGUUUUAAUGAUUGGGCAAUGAUAGAAGACAACAAACAAAGGGAUAUUUAUAUCAGAUCAAGAGGUCAUUUUACAUUACCAGAUUGUGAAUCACUGCCAAAAAUAAUCAAAGGAAAAGUGACUUGUUCUCAUAUUCAUUUAACUGAUAUGAAUGAAGAUCUUGUUACAUAUGAUUGUGUCAAGGGCAAUGGUAGGUUUUAUAUGGGCAAAGUAAAUAAAACAAAACUAGGCUUGGAUUGUCAGUCAUGGAAUGCACAAAUACCACAUAAUCAUGAUAGACCACCAGAUGUCUUCCCUCAAAUUCGUUAUGGAGAGAAUUAUUGUAGAAAUGCAGGUGGAGAUGAACCAAUGCCAUGGUGUUUUACCAUGGAUCCUCAUAUACGAUGGCAAUAUUGUGAUAUUCCUAUAUGCGGUAGGCAUUUAAUACCUGAUAAUAUAACAAAUAAAAUUCCAGAAAUAGAUCCUAAAGAUUUAGUAAUGGAUACAUUAUUUACUCCAAUGUUUAUAUUGAUAUUGUCUUCAUUAGGAUUUGUAAUUAUAACUGGAACUUUAUUAUCCAUUAUUUUAAGUCAUAGACUUCACAAAAGACAUCAAGGAUAUAAUCCUACAGAUAAUCAGUAUGUCAGUAUUGAUUUGGACAAACUACCAAGUAAUGAUGCAUACCAUAAAACAAGUGCACAACUUAAUCCAAAAUUGGAAAAACUUGAAUUUCCAAGAAAUAAUAUUAUUUAUGUUCGAGAUUUGGGACAGGGCGCUUUUGGUAGAGUAUUUCAAGCAAAAGCACCUGGUCUUGUUCCAGGUGAAGAAUUUACCAAUGUUGCUGUAAAAAUGUUAAAAGAAGAAGCAUCAGAUGAUCUGCUCAAAGAUUUCGAACGAGAAGCAUGUCUUCUUGCCGAAUUCGAUCAUCCAAAUAUCGUCAAAUUAUUAGGUGUAUGCGCUUUAGGUCGACCAAUGUGUCUUCUUUUUGAAUACAUGGGUCGUGGUGAUUUGAAUGAAUUUCUCCGAUCUUGUUCACCGGGAAAUUAUAUUAUUCGAAGUCUUGAAAAAGACGAACAUUUCACAGAUUCUCGUUUAUCGCAUAUGGAUUUGAUUAAUAUUGCGCUUCAAGUAGCAUCUGGAAUGGUAUAUUUAUCAGAUCGAAAAUUCGUUCAUCGAGAUCUCGCAACGAGAAAUUGUUUGAUCAAUGAUCAAAUGAUUGUAAAAAUAGCAGAUUUCGGUUUGUCGCAAAAAAUCUAUUUACAAGAUUACUAUAAAGGCGAUGAACAAGAUGCUAUUCCAGUUAGGUGGAUGCCUUUAGAAAGUAUAUUGUAUAAUAAGUAUACCGUCGAAUCUGAUGUAUGGGCGUUCGCGGUAUGCUUGUGGGAAAUAUUUAGUUUUGCACUCCAGCCUUAUUAUGGAAUGACGCACGAAGAAGUUGUAAAAUAUAUAAAGGAAGGCAAUGUACUCCAAUGUCCCGAAAAUACUCCGCCGGCGAUAUAUGAUCUGAUGAAACUUUGUUGGAACAGGAGACCAUCAGAUAGACCUACUUUCAGAACAAUUUAUAAUACUCUUGAUACUAUAAAAUACAAUCUAGAAGCAGAAAAUAAGUCGGAUAGUGUACCAUUGCGUAUUCACGUUUAAACUUGUUGAUAAUUUGUCUCUAAAGGAAAUUCAAUUAUUUAUAUAAUUAUGAAAUAAGUGAUAUUUAUGGAAAGAGAUAAAGGUAAGUGGUAAAUUAUACUAGAUGUUAUAUACAACUGCCUUUGUUAUGUUUGUUAUGUAGCCUUAUUAAAUGAAUUAAUAUAUAUUAGAAAUGUGUUAAACUAACACACAUUGGCUACUAUUAUGUUCACAAGAAUGACCGCAUAAAUGCAUCAAGUCAAAUUUGUAAAUUGAAAA